AUGAGCACUCCUAACACCAGCCUAUACCAGACUUCCAACAGUAGCACAUCGACCCUGCGUCCGCGUAACACCCGCCUCAUAUCCUACUUUGGCGACGAAACCGAGACAUCGUCCAACGCUACUGCGACUGCGACUUCGACCAGCUCCUCGAAAGCCACACCUCUCUUCCCUGACCGCGGUCCCUCGCCCAGUAUCAAUCGCAGCCGAGCAGCCGAUAAGCCAGGCAGCGCCUCUGGAAGCGCUUCCAACUCCAGGAAAACAUCAGCAGAGGCCAGUCGGGCCGCAAGCACAGAUAUCUGGUCCUCAUGGUCCAGUAUCGCUUCGUCGCUGCUGGGCGGCGACGUAAAUCCUAGCGGCAAAGGCAAGCCCAAGGGGGCAGUCACCAAUCCGAAAUGGAUGAAGCAGGACAGAGCAUACUCAUCUUCGCCCACCACACCACAAUGGGGUCCGAAAACGAACGGUCUUUCUGACGUUGUUCCUGGUUCACUAGAAGACAGACAGGCACUUCUGCAGGCGAAGAGACGAGAGGCCCUCUUACUCGGCGGCGCCCAAGAGUCCAGGGAUUCCAGUGGCAGAUACAAGAGAAGAGACUCAGAUGCUGAUAUACAAGUUAACAAUGGUGUGGAACACGAUCAGGAUGCACUCGUGUACGUUCACAAGACUGCUCGAGAGGACACGCUGGCCGGCGUCAUGCUCCGAUACGGCUGCCAACCAGAUGUGUUCCGCAAGGUCAACAGGUUCUGGCCCAACGACAACAUCCAAGUACGAAAUCACGUGUUCUUGCCUGUGGAAGCCUGCUCUGUUCGUGGGAAGAAAGUAGAGGGCCCGCAGGCAGGGUCUGAUCUGCUCGGGGCUGCUAUCGAGGAUCUUGCAAAGACUACAACACCAGGCAAAGGAGCCCUCAAGCGAAUGGGCACACACACUGCACCAGAACAGGCACCCUCACCCACAGCCGAAGCCUUCCCCUCCUAUUCCAAUGACAACCCCGAUCUCCGUCACGACUCCUGGGUCUCUCUCCCCAACUUCCCAGACCCUGUUGCCAUUCUGCGCAUCCCCCGCUCCAGUCUAGGCUACUUCCCACGGGCGCGACGGAAAUCACUGUCCAAGCCCGCUCACACCGACAGCAGCGUGACCUCCACGCCCCGCUCCUCCUUCGACAACCUGCGUCACCCACUCAGCCACGCCGCGCAGAUGUCCCUCUCCCAAAACGCCUCCCCAGUCCGCCGGCCCACCCUCUCCACCAGGCAAUCAUCCGGCCGCCCCCGGUCCAGCAGCACGACGCAAGGCUCCUUCAUUGAAGCCCUUCGCGGGCCCGGCGGCGUCGGCACACUGCGUGGCCUACGUACAGAGCCGUCCCGCCCCGGCCCCGCCGAAGACCCACUGAACCGCAAGUUCGCACAGCUGUUCCCCGACCUCGCCAUCACGAGCAAAGAAGCACAAAAGACACUCGCCCCGCCACCGAUCGGCAGCUUCCGCAGCACGCCGCGCGCCAGCAUGGACAGCGUGCGCAGCGCGCGCAGCAACAGCUCUGGCCUGAGCGAAUUGGCCGGCGGUGUCGAAGGGUGGGUCCGCAAGAUGGCGGCCGGCAAAGGCGCUGCCAAGCGCGGCGCUGGGCCCAUGGCUGACCUCAUUGAGCUGGAGACUACCAGUGACGCGGGCGACGGUGACGGUGCUGCGAGCGAGAGAGAUAACGUGCUAACGCCAACGAUGCCGGCCGCCGCGGAGCUGCCGAGCACGGGGUUGUCCUCUUCGGCCAAAUCGUCGGCCCUACAGCAGCAGCAGCAGCAGCAGCAGCAGCAGACGCAGGAGGAUAUGCUCAAUGAGCGGUUCCCCGUGAGAGGUCGCGUGAGAAGCGCGUAUGACGGGGCCAAGUAG